CUAGAAAGAGCCGGAAGUGGCAUUUCUAAUUAUAGAUGCCGAUCUAUCUGAGUAGCGAUUAUGGUGGCAGCUCAAGAUGCUGGCAUAAGGCCUCUAGCCUUGUAUAGCUGAUUAGAACCGCACGAUGAAGCUCCUUCUGGAAAUGAUGUAUGAUCGUCUGUAAGCAGGCUCCGUCCUAAUUCAUACAAAUAGCGCCAGGCUGCACCUUUGAUCGUGGGGUAUUUCAGGUCCUCAUCAAGCUCAAGCUCGACACUCAGGAUACUCGAACAAUCGUCUCAGGCAACUUACCCGCAUCCAGUAUCGCAAAAAUGUCUCUCAGAACCCUUCUCGGAGUCUCCAUGUUCCUUGGCGCCUCUCUGGCGAGAGACGUGCCUUCGAACGUGAAGAACUUCUACAACAGCAUCAAGAGCAAGGGCCAGUGCAGCUCCGCUCUAGCGUCGGGAUUCUACAGCGAGUAUAACGAUGACAACUCCUUCUGCUACUGUGGUGACCACCUCCAAGACGACAAGGUCAUCUACAUCACCGGAAAGAAUGGCCAGUUCGCCAACAUGGACAUCGAUUGCGACGGAACGCAAGGUAGCGCUGCUGAUGACGGCCGUUGCGGAAAGUCGAGCGACACUCAGUCGAUCACGUCCUUCGCCGACACCGUGAGGGGAUACGGCAAGGGGGUCCGAGAUCUGGACGCCAACAUUCACCCUUACGUCGUCUUCGGCAACGUCGGCGGCAAGGCGGGCUUCACGUCAUUCGACCCUCAGCAGCACGGUAUCGAGCCUUUAUCCGUCAUGGCCGUAGUCUGCGGGGACAAGCUGAUCUACGGUAUCUGGGGUGACGAGAACGGCGCUGACGGCGAGAAGUCUGUUGUGGGCGAGGCUUCCAUUUCGCUCGCUACCGCAUGCUACGGCAAGUCGAUCAACGGAAACAGCGGGCACGACCAGAACGACGUCCUAUACCUUGCUUUCACCGGAAAGGACGCCGUCCCCGGCAAGAAUGGUGCCAAGUGGGAUGCGAAGAAUUACGACGAGUUCGAGUCCAGCAUCCAGGCACUCGGUGACAAGCUUAUCCAGCGCAUUAAGUAAAGCUGAGAGCGUUGCAUGAUUCUGAGCAACUUGGUUCAGGAUGAGUCCUGAUAGAGAAUUUACUUCGUGUCGAUUCCUUUUUGUAAACAUGUAUAUAGCUUCUAAAAUGUUAAUUCAUAUCCAACCGCUAAAAUCAUGCGCUCGUGGUGU